UUAGGUUUCGUCUUGAAUGUCGGUCUUUGCAGUGUGUCUCUUCUAAGUUCUAUAUUAACAUAGGCUAUUAUUAUAUACGAUAAUACAAAAUUUUAUGUUCACUUAGUAUUAUGGCACCUAAAAUUGUGGUCGUCGGCUGGUCUAAAAUGCCUUUUUGUUUCAAACUCUCAUCGACAUCAUGUCUUUCAUCCACUUCCUUGGCAAGCCAAUUUUGCCUCCUGUGCUAAAGGACAGGAUCUUCAGAGCUGACAAGGAAAGGAAAAAGGAAAAGAGAGAAGAUGAAUGGCUGCUAUCAUUGAGCUGUGCAGCAGCUGUUGAUGUUUUGCUCAAUGAUCCAACUUAUCCUAGUCAAAGAAGCUGCAAGUACACUUGUCAACAAGCAAGACAUGCACCAGAACUUCCAACAAUUUCAUCACGUGUUAAAAAUUUCUCCUUCAAGAAGUAUGACACAAGGUGGUUAUCAAGACCACAAGUAACUAUUUCUUCUCCAGAGAGUGAAUUUACUGAGAAGAAAUGUCACAAGUCAAGUAUUAGUGCUUACAAUAGAUGUAAAUCUGGCCUGAUGUUGAGUCCUCAUCAUCUAAAUGUAAACCAACAUCAGCCUGCUGAUGCUUCUCAGUAUCAGCAACAACAUCCUGCUAAAUACCAGCUGCAAGAGGAACAGCCCAAACUUUUGUUGCAGCAGAGGCAGAAAGAACAGUUGCGACUCCAGCAGCUUCAGGAACAAAGGCUCAGAGCCAGAGGCUACAGUAAUAGCUUUCAGCUUGCAAUGAGCCGCAGCUGUGGGGAAGAUGAGCUGUCAUCUGUGAGACGUCAAUCACUUCCGCAUUCAGUAAACUCAUUGUCCUCAACUGUGAUGAGAAGCAGUGACUGCACUGACUCAGUCCAGCCCAUAAUGGAGCCUGCCACAGAAGAUAUCCCUGCACCUUCCAGUGCUCCGUCCCAGCACGUCCUGGAUGAUUAUCUUCUACAGCUCACUGGUCAAGCUCUCCCACCACCACCUUCUAGGGCACAAUUUAUGAGUCAGUCUUGGUCGCCGUCUGUCCGAAAUACUUCAUCCAAGAAUGAUAAUGAAGACCAUGUUUCUCAUGAUCGUCAAGACCAUUCAUGUCAGACUAAAAUCGACGUUCCAGAAGACAACUGUGAAUGUUGCCCAGCUGUUACUGUCGAGGACGAAGUUAAUGAUUUGAACGACAUGUCGCCAGGGAAUGUUCUCGAUAGUCCUGCUGGUGAAGAGCUGCCUAAAUGGCUCAUGGAAGCUAAGAGUAGAAGAAGCAAAGGUGAUGCAAAUGGGAGAAGCGUUGGUAGUAAUUAUUUGGAUAGUUAUUUGGGCAAUCUCACCCAGAGUUCAUGGGUGAAUUAUGCGCCUUCCACUCCCGCACAGCCGACUGUGUACGCGCCAAAACGAGUUUAUAUUUAUCCAGAAGUUUUUUACAAACGGGAGCCGCUUCAGGGAGAACCUUUGUUCAUGUCUCGAUCGUUCACUGAAGGCGUCACGAAUUUAAAACGUCGAGAAGUCCAAAUAAAGGAUAUCAGGGAUGUGGAGACGAGUUCUCCUUGUUCUGCGACGGAUAUUCAAGAUACCACGUCUGAAGGUAGACCCAGUGACUCUCCUAUCGACGCCACUGGACAUAGCUCUGUGAUCGGCACCAUGGACGAUGUCUCGUACUCACCGUCCUUUGGCACUGAGAGUGGCAUGGGCACAGAUAUUGCUACUAAGGCUUUGUCUUCCCAGUCGACGCUGUCCAUCAAUCGAUUGUCUGAUGCUGCUCCCGCGGUAGCAGAAACUGAGCAAAGCUUUACUGUAGAUUCGUUAGAGACGGACGUACCGUGUCGCACCGACACAUCGGGCGUCAUAACACAUGGAACCCCUGGAUCUGGUAUGCCCACAAGCGGCCUUGAUGAGGAAGAAGUCACUAUAUCUGAAAACUUCCCCGAUAUUCCGUUUGAAAAUGAAUGCAAUGAAGAGAAUGUGAGUAAUCUAGUCGCAAUAAACAACACUAUUUCUGAGACACGCAGCGAUAUCGUAAGAGGACAAGUAGAUCCUGCCGUGAAUUUCGUGAUUGGUGGACCUGUGAGCGUAAGAGACGACCAGAGUUGCACAUCUAAUGCCUCUGACGAAUCGAGUUGCUGUACGCAGCCCAGUACCAUUGUCAUGAUUCGCAGCGAGGCGGAUCUCACGAGAACGACGUCACAGGUUACCAAAACUAACAUGGAUCAAGUUCCCGCACAUGAAACCCUUAACAGUUCAUUGCCGUUAUCUACGACGUGUAAACAAUUUUUGGUGAAUCCUAAUAAAAAGGAAUAUUCGUCAUUGGAAGAUAACUUAGUGAACAACAACACCAUAUUCAACAACAUGAAGAACUUGAAAUCUGAAACCAGCUAUGCGGCAAAGGAGUUAAUUCAAGACAGUUUGGACUCUAGCCUCGGCUCGCUGUCUAGCCUACGCAAGCUUUCUAUUGAUAGCAACUGUAAUGCAGCCACUAUUGCAACUGAUGAUUACGAGGCUGAAGCUGACGAAAAUGUGCCAGAAACUGAGGAUGGCGAUGGGGCUUUAAUAAUUCCGCAUGGCCGAAGUGUGAGUUUCGAUCUGCCACACUGCACUUCUGCAGCGAGCACCCCCGACAUGAGCCUCGUGAGCGCCGCCAGUGUUUGUGGCACUUCAGCGUCUCUUGCUGAUGAUACCGCAGACUCUGAGAUGACGGCUAGUGACAUGUGUCGAGAUGACCUCAUCAUUGAGGAGGGAGAGGCAGAAGAAGCGAGUGCCGAUAAUGAUGUGGAAAAUGAGGUCGAGAGUGCUGCUCACAUCACCAAAAUCGAGAAAAGUGAAUUCCAUGAUGUUGAUUCUAGCAGGUCCGACGUGGUAGAUAGAGUUCAUCAGUUGGGAAAUGAACAAGUCGAAGAGAAGGUUGCAGAAUAUGGUGCUUCUGAGCCACUGAAUGAUAGCAAGUGCAAUGCAAGUCCGCUCAGUGACAACGGCAGCGAGGAAAACCAUGCCACACUCACCGAAAAUUCCAGUAAACUCUCACCAGAGAGCGCGGCCGAUUCCGUCAAGUCCGACAAUCAGGAAAACAAUCUUGCUUCUCAAGAUUCAUAUUCAGUGUUAGAAAAUCCAUCGCCUGAAGAUGGUUCUUCUGUAAACCGUGAUUGCCAUACCAGUGAAGUGGAAGUUGACUUGCUAUCUUCAACUACGUCUACCAAUCGUCCAUCAACUGCUCCUCCUCAACGUCCUGUUGCUGUGACCGCCCCUCAACCCAUUGCGACCACCACAGCGAAUAAACCUUCGGUAGAAACAACCUCAUUCUUGUCAGGAACUUCACAUAAAACUCCAUCAUCUGGGGUUGCUGAUGACGUUCAAGCAAUAUCUCCUGCUGGAGGUCAGUUUUGUCCCCCCUCUUGUAACAGCUCCUCUUCGUUUCCUGCUACCGCUCAGCCUGUCCAUUCAACUAGCAAUAGUAGCAGCAGCAAGCCGAACACUCCCAGUAGUCCGGCCAGAGGCUCUGGUUCCUUCUCUGCCACCACACCCACCACCGGCGGGGCCUGCUUCUACCCUCAGCAAGGAUCUCGUGUCACGACGCCUAUGAGUUCGCCGCACCGUCACAGCACACCAACCACUCCAAGUGGCAGCUUCUAUUCACCGGUAACUGGGAAUGGUCCGCCUGGGGUGCUGGGUAAAUGUUCUAGCCGGCAGCACCAGAUCAACGCCCUGCUGCAGCUGCUACGCGUUCAGCAUCAUCACGAGAGGGAGCAGCUGGUUGCUAAGCAACACGAGGAAAUGCAACAGUUUAUGCAGCACCUGCAGAAGCUCACGCCUGCUCAGCUGCAACACAUUGUCAGCGCACAGGUGAGCUCUGUCCAAGGGUCUCGGGUCUCCACCAGGUCGUCGGAAGUCGAAGGAAGCAAGUCCCCGAAUAUAGUAGACAGCGUUGCUCCCACUGCUCUUCAGGUUUCCCCUCCAAAUAACGAAUCUUCGUCUCCGUGCGAGGAUAGCUACGCCAGCAGCUCUGUCACGGCCUCGCAGUCUACGCCGUCAGACAGCUACAAGAAUUUGGCCAGCAAAUCUCCAACAUCGUUCUACCUCCACAAUCCUGCCCACGCAGUUAAUGCCACCACGCCAGGGCAUCUUAAUAAACUUUUCCUGCAGUUUCCAUCGAAGAAAAUCCCGUCACCUCCGCAGAAGGCUGCGUCACCGCUGUGUUCUGCGCCCAGCACAGCUAGACCCGCUGCGCCCAGCGUAUCCCGGUCUGUUACCGCUGACGAUGUCGAGGGUCUGCCACUACCUACCAAUGACCCCUCUGGUCUCAGCACCAGCCAAUCCAAACUCGUCAAGCAAGUAAUGAACGAGAAGCAGGCAGCGCACUCUAAGAAGAGCUCACCUACUGUCAUCAAAGAGAAGAUGCUCAACGCUCCUCCCAUCACGAGUGCCACUUCUAAACUGGCCCCCAUCACACCCCACGAAGACAUGGCUGAGCUAUCGGCCAGCCUCACCAACUCUGACCUCUUCAACAGCCUGCAUUCGAGCCUCAUCUCUGAGACUGGAGUUCAUGCCUCCUCGCUGCCUCGAAGUGCCACAGUCACCAAACUCACCAUCGAAACUUUCUUGCCGACUCAGCGUUCUGACUUUAGGGAUUCGACAGUCGAUGGUCGGGAGGCACCCGCAGCCAUCGGCCGCAGGAGGAGCGUCUCUAGCGCGGUGAGGGGCGUGACGUUGCUACAGGCAGUUGUGCGCGGUCGCCACGUACGGCGCCUGCUGCGAUGUGGUGCUGUGCAGCAACAUAUCGCUACUCUCGAGGAAGUUAACAAACUUGCAGCUCAGUUCCACAGGGAUAUCCUCGCCGACAACAUCAACAAAGGCGAUAUAGACUUCCACCGCGCUCUCUAUCAGCAGGAGCAAGUGGCGCGUUCAGAGCUGCGGCGCAUAUUCCUGACGUCGUCGUUUAUGGAUCAAGUGGAGCUCAUCCAGCGCGACCUGCACCAAACUCGCCGCCAGCGCCACCUUCAGACCAAAGUUCCCCGCCUACCACGGCCUCGCUCUACCGUCAAGCAGAGUCGUUCCGUCCACCGCCCCACGAGUGCCAGCAGAAGCAGUGCAGGAGAGUCGGCGUCUACUGCGCGCAGCUGCAGCCAGCCCAGCCCCAGAACUAUACCUGCGCCCAGGAAGUAUCCGCAACAAAACAUAGAUCAUUCCUUGGAGAAUCAUUCUUCAAUGACCACUUCCUACUAUGGCGGCUAUGGUAGCCAUAAUGGAACUAACAACGGCAGCCAAGGCGGUGGAGGCAGAAGCUCCACCACUGCAACCAUCCCCACCACCACCACCACAAAGAACGGAGCCAAAACAACCCUAAAAGCUCAGUAUCGCCACGUACAGUCUCGUUACCUCGGCAGCGUUACAAAGAGUUCGAUUCAAAACCCCAACGUCAACGCGGAUCGUCAUACAAGGUAUCCUGGGAGCCCGAGUGGCGUGUCCCGGCGUGUGGCGCUGCCAAACUGUGCGGCGAGCGCCUCAUUUUCCUCGCCACAGCCCAAGCCUCAUCACAACGAAAAGAUGUGCCAACAACAGCGUGCUUGUGCUGCCACUGCUGCUGGUAAUGGCUGUGUUAAUAACAGUGGCUUACGUCGAGGAGUUACGACCAGUAAUGGCGCUGCUCCGCAUCCAGUGACGGCCUAUGAUCGCCGGCACAACAGGAAGCUCUGGAGAUAAAGAGGAAGGCGUGGCCUGAUUUGAAUCCUUAGGAAACUGCAAUUCUUCGCUGCCAAGAAUUCCUCAAUGGACGUCUGGUAAUACACAGACAAGAAACCUUCCUGUUCACUUGCUUAACUAUCGGUCUGUACGAUAUUAAUAAGGCAGAGGAUCGUGACUGAAUUUUCUUCUCUUAAAAGAUCUUAAUAGUUUAUAUCGUACAAAGUUCUAUUCAUAAUCCAUCAAGUACGAAUUUAAAUGUACUCAGAGUAGGUAUAUGAUUCAUUCUAUGAUCUUGAGCUUGUAGCUGUCGCAGAAUGAAAAUCGUUUCAUCGUCAAAGUUUUUCAGUUUUAAAUGCUGCGGAAAUCCUAAGGGAGCAUAAUAUUAUCACACUUCGCUAUUUUUAAUUGAAUCCAAUUAUAGUUAAUAUAUUCUUUCCUGCUGACCAUCUGGUGGCUGUCGUUAUAAUUAGAUACCUACUAUAGAUUUUCAAUCUAUGAAUGCUUGUGUGUCAGUAAAUAACUCGUGUUUUGACUAUUUCAUGAAAUAAUUUUUACGUAAAUUUGAACGAAUUCUUGUGCAUUGUUGUCUCUGCAUUGUUUUGCCGCUAUUUUUUCUACCAAUUUAGUUGCUUCCUUGUGAAAAUCUUUGAACGUCUUGCAAAACAUACAUGAUUUGUGUUUUGUUAAAAGUCGUCAUUUUAUUUACAUUUAAGAUGUUCAUGAUCUCGUAUUAGUUUAGAAAAUGUUUCCGCUAAAUUAUCAUUACCAGGUGAGUUUAAAACGGAUUAGGCUGUAAACUGCUGUCCAUGACUUCAUUUAAUUAAGCUGAGCCCGCAAAGAAGUGGCUAGAAAAAAUGGUGCUUUAUCAAUUCCAUAGAGGUUACUUAGCAAUUUUCCUGGGGUAGUCGAAGUUAGCUCUCUAGUUUAGCUUGUACAUCAGUGAUGGCGACAUUUGUAGAAGAUGUAUUUUGCUUAUUAUGGUAUGUUAAUUUGGGAGGCAGAUUGUAAACGUUAGAGAAGCUCUGGUGGAUGCGAAGGGUGUGCGUCACAAGCGGGUUAUAAAUACAAGUUGUGACUCAUUGAGUUGAAACAUUUUGCUAUUUCAAUUAAUGGAAUCAAUUUGAUGUUCUCUCUCCCUCUCGGCGGCUUGAAAAAUAUCAUAUGUCUUUUCUUUGAAGUAUUAUAAAAUACCCGAUUUUCUUGAAUUGUAACUGUUCUGCUAUACCAAGUAGAGCCAAUUUUCAGACAACCGUCGGCUUUACGCUUUUAUCGCUUUACAACUGCAACUGCUUUCUUGAUCUACACUCAGCGUCCUUUAUUUCUAAGCAAUCAUUAACCAGCUUUAGAGCACAAUUAUUUAAAGAAAACUCUAUCUACAAUUGUAAAGGGCGGACUUGCAGUUGAAUUAGAUAUUUUCCCUGUAUCAAAAUACCUGGUAAAUGGACAGUCGUCAAUAUUAUUGCGGUAUGAUAGAGUUUGAUUUCACAGUUUUGACCAAGCUGAGAGUAUUUAAUUUUGCUCACCUAGUAAUAAAUGUCGGUCGCUAUUGUAGAUCGUGGGACUGAUGUGUUGUUUAUUUGGGACGAUGUGAGUUGUAUUGGCAUUGCUUAGCGAAGUGAGUUCAUGGAGAGGGAGUUCUUGGCCAGACAUGCUUACUAAGUUUGAUCUCGUGUUGUAAGGAACUAUUGCUACGGCGAUCUAGUUUAUCUAGCCUCCCUAUGCCGUGCGUCUCGGCCUGUGCUUGCUUAUACUCUACAUAUACAUUAAUGAUAUGUAAUUGUGAUGUAAGAUCUGUUACUUGAUUUUCUCUAGGAAGUGAACGUUUUCUUACAUGUACGGUGGUGUUAUCCAUGCCCAAUUUCUGUUAUUUGUCAUAUUAACGUCUGUUAAUAAGUAAUCAAUUGGUUUGAAAUUAUUUUCAAAACCAGUCUGAAAAUGCUUGAAAAAAAUAUUUGCACAAACGAAUGACCGCCACAAACUAAUUAAUAUGACCAUUUCCAUUGACCAAACUUCUGUAACACAUACUUUUCUCAUUACUCUAAUUAAGCUGCGCUUCCUAAACUAUCUGUACCAUUCCUCUGUUUGUAGUGGAGUCAUUUAUUACAUCCUCUUCUCUGUUUUCUUUUCAACGCGUAAGUUAACGAUUGAGUAACAUUAAGUUUCAUCCAGUAUUCAAGCGAAGCGUGUCAUGGGCGUGUAUCAACAUUUUCAAUGUCGUGCGCGAUUGAAUCUCAUUGCAGACUUCACUGAUAUUCAACCCAUGGCUUUGAUGCAAAAAUUUCACGAAUCGUUUCAUUGUCGUACCUGAUACCCGCAUAUUCUCCAGCAGACCAAAGAUUAUUUUAAGAAUUCAGUAUUAUUAUUCUAAGUUGCCUGAUUAUUUAUGUUUAUGUUUCUGAAAUAUUCUAAUCAUUUUCUAUUACAUUUGUUUCUACCUGCACAUUAUUAUCUUCAAUAAUUGAGAACGUCGCGAUUAACCGCGAGAGACGACGUAGCGAUUCACUUGAAACGUUACCACACUGGUUCAUAAUUAUCGUUCGAUAUUUACGCGUUUCGCUUCUCAAGGGUAAGUUAACGUUUGUAAUUUGGAAGUUUUUAUUUUUUUUUUCAUCUCGUUUGUGGAAUGAUCAUCAUUAAUGUUUAUGUCUAACAACUUCCGAUCGUAAUUCUUGCUUGAGAUCAUUUCUGAAAAUGAACGUUAAAUUAUGUAUGGAUCUUUCGAUUUACGGACGCUCCAAAAAUUUGUGUAAGUCUACUCAAAAUCGCAAAUAGAAACGUAUUUCGACGGCUAACAUUGAACAGUAGCCUCGCUUUCUCUAUUUAUGAAGUCAAACGUGACGUUCCCGUGCAAGACUUUGGCAUAACCUCAUUAAUAUAAUAUACGUGCUUAUAUUCAGGUCUCCUUCUACACAUGCUGAGGUCUUGAUGCACAUGAGCUUGCAAAUUUUUUUUUUUUUUGCAAUUCCAUGUCGGUAAAAAUUGAUGUAACAAACCCAUUCUCAUAAUCUAAUAAAUUUACCUCGCCUUG